UCCAGAGCGUCACUGCCUGAAGCAGCAGCGACUCGGUCACACCAGAGCUGAAUCCCAGCAGAGAUAGCAGCAAGCAGGCACUUCCACGCCGCGCAGGCUAACUCGCUUUCGGCUUUGGUUCGAGAUGCAGACUCGUUGUACCAUGAGGGGCUCCGGAGCCCGCAACUUUAAGGGUGGAUUAUCUCUGUGGCUGAUUCUUUGGCUGGUGGUGGUGAAGCCAGGCGGGGUGACAGCGUGCCCUAGACUGUGUGUGUGUUACCCUACGCCCAUGACGGUCAGCUGCCAGUCUCAGAACCUGACCAUAGUGCCGGCCGGUGUACCCUAUGACUCACAACGUGUUUUCCUUCAGAACAACCGUAUCACAGAGCUUCGCGCAGACUCUUUUGGCUUUGAAACACAGGUGCUGUGGCUGUAUGGCAACAAUAUCACAUGGAUUGAGGCUGGAGCCUUCAGUAACCUCAGGAUACUGGAGGAGCUGGAUCUAGGUGAUAAUCCCUCGCUGCGGCACCUGGAAGGUGGGGCCUUCAGGGGCUUGGAGAAACUGCAGAGCCUGCACAUGCAUCGUUGCAAGCUGGCCGCUCUCCCCCAUGACCUCUUCCACAAGCUGUACAGCCUGCAAUUUCUCUACCUGCAGGAAAAUCAACUCCACUUCCUGCAGGAUGACCUGUUCUCAGAUCUGGUCAACCUCACCCAUCUGUUCCUGCAUGGAAAUCGGAUCCGUGCCCUGUCUGAGAAUGUGUUCAGAGGCCUGGUCAACCUGGACCGCCUCCUUCUCCAUGACAACCGCAUCAAGCAGGUCAACCGUCGGGCUUUCCGCGAUCUGGGCCGCCUGACCAUCCUUUACCUGUUCAACAACUCCCUGUCCGAGCUGCCAGGCCAGGCCAUGAAAGACACCCAGGGCAUCCAGUUCCUCCGUCUCAAUGGUAACCCCUGGUCCUGCGGCUGUGAGGCCCUUCCCCUGUGGGAGUGGUUCCGCAAAGCCCGUAUCUCCUCUUCAGAGCUCGUGUGCACGUCCCCAUCCCAGCGUCGCGGCCAGGACCUCAGAUUCCUCCGGGAAAUGGACUUCGCUCUCUGCCCUCUUCCUGACCCCGGCUCCCUGGCUGGUACCACCACAACCACCUUCAGCACCAAGACCCGCUGGUGGUUCUCCAAGCACAAGCCCGCAUCUUCAUCCAAGGCCUCAUACCAGAAGAGCUCAGAGACAGUGAAGGCCUUCCCCUUCACUGCCGUCAAGCCUCAGUACCUCCCCAAAGCCCCCGCUGAAACCAAGUAUGAACUGUCUGCGGAUGAGGCGGCGCUGCCUAAGCUGGAGCCAGAAGAAUACUGGGCCAACUACGGCAAUGAAGACUCCUCCAUCCUCUGCUUUGAGCCCGAGUGUCCUCCAAACUAUGACAACUCUGCCUUCCCCUCGUCCUCCUUAACCAUCACCCCAUCCCGUCUCCUCCCCCUCUUCCUCUCCAUAGUCACAUUCUGCCUCCACUUCCUUUUUAGCUGAACUCCUUUCUCCUCCCCAACCUCCAACCUCCACCUCUGAUUUCUCCUCCUGCUCUUUCCAAUCCUAACAAAAACCUGGAUCUUGAUUUUUCAGUCUUUCAGUCUCCUCCUCAAAAUGCAGGGGGCGCUACACUGACACAGGAGACAGGUGAGGCAGCAGGGAACUGUCAGUUGAGUUGGGCAGAACAAGGUCUUAAUGUUGGAGUGGCCGCUGUUAGUUGUUCAGGCUUUUUAAAGAGCAGUGAACACAUCAUGGGAGCGCUGACAGAAACAAUACAAAGGCAGAAACCUGCCAAUUUAGCUGGCGGGAUCUUCAGAUGAGUUUACUUGUUUUUAAAUAAGACAGGUGUAACCAACGCAGGCGUUGUGUUUCAUCUACAGCUAUUUUCUAUAUAAACUAGUGAUCACCAUUCAUUCAAACACCACCACUGACAUUAUCCAACAAUAUUUUUCAGCUUCAUCAUUGAUAAAACUCGUGAUUAAUGGCUAUUUGGUACUAGAAUAAUGGGAGAAUAAUGUGGAUCAAGACGCAUGAAGAGAGAUGAGGGAGGAAUAGUAACAAUAUAUUCUUAGACGUUAGUCUAAAGGCAUAAAGGAAGAAGACCGUCUCACGUGAGCCCAGAAACGCCAGCAACACCACCAUCAUGUACAUACCACACACCUGUAUAUAGACCUAAUGCACACUGUAUUUUAGACUAGUUGGAUUUGUACUUUUACUUUUAGUACGAUGCUGCUUGUGGUGAUAGAGUUAUUUAGGUCGUAAAUAGAAGGCAAACUAAUUAAAUGUGGGAGCUUCUUUUUACUUCUUCCACUCUUGUCCCUUCCCAACUCAGGCAGACCCCAAAAAUAAAAAUCAGAACAUAUUGAUGAGAUCCAACAUAUCAAAGCUCUUUUUCUUUUACUCUUUGGAGUAAAAAUGGAAAUUUCUCCAGAUACAGAUAUUUUUGUUUGUUUUCCUUUUUUUUUUUGCCGUGAGCACAAGUUAACUGUCGCGGAUCCUAAUCCAGAAGACACGACCUGUACCUGUGCAAGUGUGUUUGCCUCUUUUACUUACAAAGCUAAACAGUUAGUCUGGCUGUACGAAUGGAUACAGAACAAGGUAUAAAAUAACACCGGGCUCGAGUCCUACACAGCUCUUUGUGUUGUUUAAAGCCUCCUGUUGGUUCACGUUUCAUUACACUAAGACCUGCUGUUGUGGCCAGAUCUUAGUGUGUGUGCAUGUGUGUGAAUGCCUGUGCACUAUGAAGUGUUGUCUUUUUCUAAACUAGAGUGAAAGUUGAAAAAGUCCUUUGUGCAGGAAUGAAGUUGCAUGUCUCAAAGACCCGAUACUGUGUCUACGCUCUAUUAGUUGUAAGUGCUUUGGAUUUAUUUUAUCUGGUGUCAAUGAUAUCUGUAUUUUUAUGGUCAUAAAAUGUCUCCCAUAUUGUGGCUGUAACUCAGAUGUGUGCAAAAUGUUAGGAUGUUACUCAGCAAUCUGAUCAACACAAUGUCAAUCCAACCUAAAUAUCAUUGGUUAUUCAUGGAGGCCAUGUGUCCCAUAUGUUAAAACUGAACCCAACACCAACCAUGACUGUGAGUUUCUGAACAGAACAUGAGCGAUACUGUGAUGUUGUUAGAUUCUGUAUUUUUCAAUGAAAAACGAAUGUUAGAAAAGUGUUUUGAAUUUAUUAAAUUAAUAAAAGAAAAUAUCAA